AUGGAGAUGAUCCAGCAUAACUAUGUAACAAUCAGAGGUCUAAACCUUCAUGUUGCUGAGAUUGGAACAGGUCCAGCAGUGGUUCUUCUACAUGGGUUUCCAGGAAUAUGGUACUCAUGGAGACAUCAGAUGAUAGCAUUGGCUAAUGCCGGAUUUCGAGCUAUUUCCCCUGAUUUCAGAGGCUAUGGAUUGUCUCAGGUUCCUGCUGAGCCUGAAAAGACUACAUUCCAAGACCUUGCGGAUGACCUCCUGGAUUUGAUUGAUUCUUUUCAGCUCCCAAAGGUUUUCCUUGUUGGGAAAAAUUUUGGAGCUCGAGUUGUUUUCCGUUUUGCACUCUUUCACCAGGACAGAGUUUCAGGGCUUGUAACAAUGGGUUUACCAUUCAUGCCUACAGGUCCCGACGCGUCCCUGGAUUCUUUCCCCAAAGGUUUCUACAUGAUGAGAUGGAGGGAACCAGGGAGAGCGGAAGCAGAUUUCGGCCGGUUUGAUAUCAAGACGGUGUUGAAGAACAUAUUCAUUCUUUUCACAGAAAGUGAGUUACAAGUUGCCAGAGAGGAUCAGGAAAUAAUGGAUUUGGUUGAUCCAUCCACACCAUUGCCUCCGUGGUUUAGUGAAGAAGAUCUGGAAUAUCAUGCCAAACUAUAUGAGAAAUCCGGUUUUCGAACAGCAUUGCAGCUCCCUUACAGGGGUUGGUUAGAAUAUGAUGGAGUCCAGGAUCCAAGGGUGAACGUUCCCUCCUUGUUAAUAAUGGGAGAAAAGGACUAUGCUAUGAAGUUCGGAAGUUUGGGAGAAUAUAUUACCAGUGGAAUGGUAAGAAUAUAUGUUCCUGAUCUGGAGAUAAAUUUCGUCCCAGAAGGAAACCAUUUUGUUCAGGAGCAAUUUCCAGAUAAGGUGAACCACCUUCUAGUUGCAUUCCUAAGAAAGCUCAUCAAAUGA